AUGAGGUCGUGCUCAUGGAUUCAGGGACCGUUCGGAAAGCUGGUGGCCGAGAGGAAGAAGCCUGUAGGUCUUCAGGCUUCUGGUUCCUCCCUGAUGCUGGCAAGAAGAAGGGGGCAUGUCCCCGAUGGGCUGGAGGUGAUCUCCCCGCCCAGGACUCUGGCCAACAAGGAGAAGCCGAGGGAGAGGACAGUAACAGAGAAGAAAAGCCUUCUCCAGCAGCGCCGGGAGUCACUGGGAGUUUGUUUUACAGAUAAGGAGCAAUCGGCGCGAGUGCUGAACGACGUGCCCAGUGCUGAAGCUUUCAUCCAGUCCGCCCCGGUUACCGUCGUCGGGUUUCUCCAGGAUCUGAAGUCCUUGGAGGCCGAGGCUUUCAGUGAUGUGGCUCAGAAGCUGAAAAGAUUGUCUUUCGCCGUAACCUACAACACAACCGUCUGGGAGAAGUUUAACAUCAGCAGGAGCACCAUCACCCUUUUCAAAGAGUUCGAUGAAGGGCGCGCUGACUAUGCCUUCGAGGAAGGUCACCUGAAGCCGAACGUCACGAAGAUUAUUCACUUCUUGCGGCACAACGAACUCCGCCUGGUGACCGAGUACAAUCCCACGUAUGCAGGCCAGAUCUUCGGGUCUGGGGUUCCUACUCAGCUCCUUCUGCUUGUCAGCAAGACAUCAAAAGAAUAUCAGCCUCUGUUCGACAAGUUCAAAGGUGUAGCCCCUGAGUUUCUGGGGAAGGUCAUCUUUGUUCUGGUCAACACAGACAAGAAGGAGAACCGACGAGUGACUACGUUCUUCAAAGUGAAGGAGCCAGAUUUGCCUGCGAUCUGCCUCUUUCACGUGGAGACAAACGCAGCGAAGGCGAUGAAGGUCAGUGAAAUCAGCCCUGGUGUCAUACGGAGGUUCUACACUGACUUCAUAGGAGGUAUUGAGGAGUUUCUUCAAGAUGGUCCCAGCAGGGACUUAAAAUUGCAGCCCUGGGAGACGUUCGGUAAUCCCAUGAUUGCACCCGGCAGCGGAAAGAUCCGUGACUUUGGUGGACACAGAUGAGAAGAAGAAUUCUUUCACACUUUUUGUUAACAUCAAAGUGAGGCCCCCAAAGAAUUCAUCGGAUCAGCCGAGAAAGAAGAAACCUUCAUGGGCACGCAGUCGGCAAACAACUUUGUGAGGAGAAAGAGACAUGCCUAUGGGUGCUACCACCACGUACCAUCGUACGAGAGAUGCUGCUCGGCCUUUCGUGCUCUUUCAGUGCCUUGCACCAGAUUACAGCAGCCCUCGAAGGUGCAGCAAUGACAGUGUGGGUUCUCCCUCAGUACAGUACCAAAGAACAGCACUACAACCUUCAGAUCCCAGAGAGACACUGAUUACCAAGAAGCAAGUCAGAUCAGUAUUGGGAUCUUCAUAAUGCACACUGCAACCAAUCAGGCACCAACAUUCACAACUUAGAGCGGCUUAAUUAAUUUCAACGGGGAGCACUGGGUACCUUCAGGAACACGCAGAGUGUCAGUUUGGUGGAGAUCGACGCCUGCUCGGUUAUGGAGUAAGUCAUUCAAAUUUCAGCUUUCGUACUAAGAUUAGAAGACUGACGUUUUUGUUUUAGCCAUGUUCUGAUUUUAUUUUGGAACAGGAUCUUGCUGGUGGAUGGAGCCACAGUAUGGUGGAGUGCAAACGAUUAUUUUAAGUUGCAAUGACCAAAAGCACAGUUUUAAACGAGGGCAUAAGCCGAAAGGAUGUGGAGUUCUUAUAUUACGUGUAUUGUUCCUCUGUGCAUGAUGUAAUGUAAACGAUUUUGAACGAGCAUUGAAAUAAUAUCCCAAGAUACAUCUUGUGCAAUCUUCUAACUCAGAUAUCUUUUUUUGCUAUGGAAAAUCAGAUGAAAAGGAUUGGAUUUUAUCCUUUCAAUCCCUCAC